UAGCUUGCUCAAAUUGUUUUAUCUGCAAACACUUAUGGGAACAAACAAUUGAAAAACAAUUCAACUACGAUCGUUGAAAAAUAUUCCUUCUAUAGCAAAACUCUUUUGAAUUAUUUAAUCGUAUCAUUUGAUACUGCAAGUUAUUUCAAGAAAAAAUUUCCCAUUUUUAUCGUUUUCCGAAGUGCUUCAAUUGAGAGCAGAAAAAUACUUCAAUUGCGCUUGAAGGAGUAUUAUCACAUGAGCGCAUUCUCAAUUGCGAUUUUGUCCCAAACUUAGGCAGUUGAGACUUUUAUUAAACGAAAUUGGAGCGUCUUAAAAAUAACAAAAACGUUUCCUUCGAGCCCUUCAGCUAUUUUUAAUUAUAAUGUAAACAAUUUCAGGAGUUCCCAUAAACAUAUUACGGUGAAUUAAAUUUUCGAGUGCUCUUUUCUGUUGUAUGGCCCAAAUUUACCAAAAAUUGUUUAUUGAUUGUCUGUGAUUGAUGAAAACCCGCAUUUUUUUCAUGAAAUUAAUUUCAGCCGUUCAGGUUUGCGCAUUAUGUUCCAGUUUUCAAAAUAACAAAAAAAAACAUUUUAAUUUGGAUCAGAAGUUACUACAUAAAAAGCUAUAACAGAAACCAGCUGACAGUUCAACUUGGGUCACCAAAUGAGUCACUUUCGCAAUCGAUUACUCACUUUACUCGUCGUGUGCUGUCGCGUGUCGGAUGACCUAUCACUCGUGUCCUGUGUGCCCUCUACUGACCCCGACUACGAUAAAAGAGUGAGGCCGAACGAGGGAGUGAGUCACGAAAAGGUAGAAAUAGGACUCUUCCUCAACUCCAUCAGAACUGUGUCGGAGGCAGACAUGACAGUUGUCCUCGACUUGUUCGUGCAGGCUUCCUGGAAAGACAGUAGACUGGAGAGCACAUGGCUUAUGAUUCACGAAAAUAUCCACGGCUCCAACCACAGCGAAUGUUCCGAGGAUAUGUGCGACAAUCGCAUAACUAUGGGACGAGAUUUCGCAGAUGUUAUAUGGAAGCCCGAUUUCUACUUUCAGGGACUACGAGAACAUUACAAAUCCCUACUUAGGGGAUCUCUUCACUGAACACGUGUUGUGGCUUAGAAUGUCCCGAAAGUACCACAUAUACUUGCUCACUACAUACCUUCCCAGCUCAUCACUAGCAGUGCUCAAUUGGGUAAACUUCUGGAUUGACCCAAAAUGUACCGCGGAGCGAGCGGGACUGACCAUAACUCUGAGCCUAGCCCAGAUAGUGUUGCUGGUGGGGACAGCUCAGCGAUUCCCUUCAGUCAGUGACUUCAAGAUGGUGGACCUUUACCUGAUCGUCUGUUUUCUGUUCCAAGUCGCAUGUCUGGUCGAAACUGUUUUGGCUGCAGUGCUUUUCAGAAAUGGCGAGAAAGCGAAUACGAAGCGAAAACAUGAAGAGAGGGACAAAGUUGUUCUGCAACUUCAUUCAACUGCAAACAACUCUAAAAAUGGAUUGACGAGCACUGACCACGAAGAUGAUGCCGAUGAACUGAAGUUCUCCCCUUCCCCCGAGAAGCACCCACUGGACAACGAGGUGGACCAAAUCAGCCGUAUUGUGUUCCCGUCUGCCUUCAUCCUGUGGAAUCUGCUCUUUUUUGGACUCAGCUUUCACUUCGCUAACUAAGCUGAGAUCAAAAACAGACUUGCAGUCUUGACAGCCGCUGAAACUAAAACAUUUAAUCUAUACAGUUUAGUUUGUAUCUAAACUUUCAGCAUUGAAAC